UGCGCGACAAUCGUGAGCUUCAACCUCCUGCUCCUCCUCCUCUCAUUGCUUUUCACACUUCAUUCAUCUGCUCUUUCUCGCGAGAAAGAGCUUAAGUUACGGGACCUCAGCAGGCGUCGCUGUUAGUCUUCAAUCACUCGUCUUUGAUCCUCUUCCCCUCAUACACCACGAUUACCUGCCAACUCUCGGUUCGGCCUCCGUCUUUCGUUAUUUGCGUCACCCCCCAGGUCGAGGUGGCUGUCCGCCCCUCAGACUUGCUUCAGUUGGCUUUCUAUCGGAAACUCGAGUUCUUUGGUUCGGAUAUUUGUGGUUGGGGUUUGAGAGUGGAAGUGGGAGUGUCGGUGUGGAGGGGUGAGACGGGGUUUGGAAUUAGGUUUGGUGCCAGGACGUCGUUGUGAGAUGUGAUGUAUUGGGAUGAUGGCGGACGUUCUUAUGACGGGCGUUAGUUGCUAGGGUGUUCUUUUUUGUCUCUUGGUGGAGUAACGGAACGAUGGUGUCGUGCCGUGGGAAAGCUUGUGAGUUGAAUUAGGGAUUGUGUGUUUUGAAGAUGGGAGGACAUUUUCUGUGUAGUGUUUUCUGUUCCCGGGUCUAGGGCUUUCGUGGGGUAGGGAUAGAGCAGGAUUUCGAAUUUUGGCUCGUUGAGUUUACGCUGUAGAUUAAUUGUCGAUCUUUCUUUUAGUUUUUUAUUUUAUUUUAUAUUAUUUUGUAUUAUUUUUCCGUUUUCCUCAAAUUAAGUUUGAAAAACUUUCUAUAGGGAUAGGAAUAAACAGGGCGUGCAGUGUAUUAGACUUGAAAUAGUUUUUCUGAGGCUGAGGAGAAAGCGAUCAAGAGCAAGAUGAACAAUGCAAUGAAUCCCCCAUAUGGUAGCACAGGUGGUCAACCCGGGCAAGGAGGAAUUCCAGGUGUACCUCCUCAACCAAUGAUGCGACCUGGGUUUAGUAUUCCGCUUCAGCAGCAGCCGCCAAGACCGUACGCACCUCCGCCAGCGGGAUUUAUGCCAUCUCAAGGGCUAGCUCCGGGGCAGCCUGCAGCGCCAGUUAUGCCUCCUGGAGUUCUUGUUUCUGGUUCUGCAGGUGCACCCCGGUACUCUGCACCACCCUAUGCGCAAAUGGUUCGUCCCCCCGUAUUUCCAGCGCGUCCACCUGUAGGGCCACCUCCAGUAAUAAUGCUGGCAAGGCCUCCUGGAACUGGGAUUCGACCUAUGCCGCCAGUGCUGAAGCCACUGCCUGGAAUGUUGCUUAACGACCUUGGCGCGAAAGGUGUUGGCCAGAUUGUUGCUCCACCUGAAAAGCCUCACACAACUGUUUAUGUUGGAAAAAUUUCUUCUACUGUUGAAGAUGAUUUUCUUCGAGCAACUCUCGAGUUAUGCGGAGGCAUUAAGAGCUGGAAACGUGCCCAAGACCCUACUACUGGCUCUCCUAAAGGCUUUGGUUUUUGUGAGUUUGAGUCAGCUGAGGGUGUGCUGCGAGCUCUCCGCCUUCUCAAUAAAUAUUCUCUGGAUGGGCAAGAACUAGUGCUUAACGUGAAUCAAGCAACAAGGGAAUAUUUAGAGCGGUAUGUUGCGAAGAAGAAAGAGCGAGAAAGGAUCGCACUGGAAGAGGAGGCAGCUAACCGAGAAGAGGAGGCUGCACCUGGAGUGGAAGUUGUGCCGGAACCCAAGAAAGCAAUCAACGGCGUGAAUUCCAAGAAAGAUGAAAACACUCCAGAAGAUGAUGCUAAAAAAUUCGGACUUGUGACUGAUGCUGACAAGGAAGUCGAUGAUCAAGCUGUUCAGAAACUGAACGCUAUGCUGGCCGAAAGGGCUAAAGCGAGACCACUACCUCCACCUCCACCUCUGGCUACUCCUGUAGAGACUAGUGUAAAGAGCAGUUCUGUUGCUGAUGGCUCAACACUUCUCAAAGAUGGUGACUCAACUGCAGACGGAGAAAAGAGUGAAAACGUGAGCGGACGGAACGACGACGACACCAUAAGCGAACAAAAGCAGAGCAGUGCGGAUGUAGAAGCAAGUUCUGUUGAUCGAAGUAGGCGCAGUGAGCGGGGCUCAGAGCGUGACAGGGAGCGUGAAUUGGAGCGUGAUAAAGAACGAGAAGUGGAGCGUUAUGAGCGGGAGCGUGAACGUGAGCGUCUACGCCGAGAUCGGGAUCGAGAGAACAGAGUGCGGGAAGCAGAACGCUUGUACGAAGAACGUGAAAGGGAAUGGGAGAGCAGAGAGCGGGAUAAGGAGAGACAGCGGUUAUAUGAAAAAGAACGGGAGAAAGAUCGGGAAAGAGAGAGACGCAGGGUGAUCAAGGAACAGGAGGAAGAGAGCGACGAUGAAGAUCGGCGGAAACCUCGGUAUCGAAGUGCUGCGUACGACGAAAAGCGUAAACGCCGCCAUAGAGAAUACGAAGAAGAUGAGGCCGAUCGAAUCAGGGAGCUAGAAGAGGAAGCCUCUGCUGAGCUUGUUAAACGACACAAACCCAGUCCUGAGCAUGCAGUUGUUGCCAACGAUGAGAAUGACAUGGAUGUUGGUGAUAAACCUGUUCCAUCAAUUGAUUAUGUCGAGGAGCCCGUACUUUUACCUGCCUCACCUGCGCAUGUCGUGUCAAUGUUCGAUAGUGAUUCAGAAGAAGAAGAAGAAGCGGAUCAUAAAAAGACUGCUGGCAAUGGUGUUUACUCCGUUGGAAGAGAGGACAGUUCAGCUGCAGCUGUCACUGAUGUGAAGCCCAGCAGUAGUCCUGCUCCUCGCAAGCUUGGAUUUGGCUUGAUGGGGUCGGGAAGGCGUACUGCAGUACCCUCUGUGUUUACUGAAGAAGACGAGGAUGCCACAGCUGAUGCUAGUAAGCUGCGUACACUAGUUCCCAUAGACUAUUCUGCAGAGGAAAUGCAAGUUGUUGCAACCGUCCCAUCUGCUCCGGCCCCUCCUCCUGCAAGUGGUGGUCUAGCUCACAAUCUAGCAGCUGCUGCAGAGUUUGCCAAGAGUUUAUCCUUGUCUUCAGGGAAGGAUGAGAAUGACAAAGAUGGAUCUAGAAGGUCCAGAGAUAGGACUAGUGAUCGAGAUAGGUCUCGUAAGGAGAAAGAACGGGACCGAGACCGGGAUCGGGAUAGGGAAAGAGAUAGGGAGAAAGAAAAGGAUCGUGAUCGUGAUCGUGAGAAGGAUAAAGAACGGGAACGUGAGCGUGAGCGUGAGCGUUCCUCUAAGGCAGAGACUAAGGCUCCAGAAUCCAAAAAGAUUCUGGAUGCCAAGCAGCUGAUCGAUACAAUCCCCAAGACCAAAGAAGAACUCUUCAAUUUUCCCGUGGAUUGGAAUAUUUAUGACUCGCAUGACCUCCAUGAAAGGAUGCGACCUUGGAUUUCAAAAAAGAUCACAGAGUUUCUCGGUGAAGAGGAGAACACGCUGGUGGAUUUCAUUGUGAGUAGCACUAGGAAACAUGUUUCAGCUGCUACUAUGUUGGAGCUUCUGGAGGCUAUUCUUGAUGAUGAGGCUGAGAUGUUCGUAUUGAAGAUGUGGCGCAUGCUUAUCUUUGAGGUUCGACGAGUCGAAACUGGUCUAGCUUCAUGGAGGAACAAAUCUCAAGGUUAAUGGUAAUCGUCUUUACAAUUAUCUGUCACAUUUCGUUCAGUUUAGUUGAGGUUCAUAUUAAUACCAAUGGUUGAGAGGUAAAGUUUCAACUGAUUUCAUGAUUCUGUCCUUUUAGAUGUCUGGAUAUGUUUUUAUGGCUACUUGGCAAAUGCAUCAACUAUUAUUCAUUGAACUGGUAAUAGAUGAUUUUUGUGUAUUAGUCCAAUUCAAGCAUAUCCAUUGUGGAUUUUUUAUGCUUGGUUGCUUCCUGCUGUAUCAGAACUUUAUAUGUACAGUUCUCAUUCUUUCUCAAUUUAGGAUCUAACGUUGUAUUGCA